AUGGUUUCUCCCCGCCGCUCUUCGCGAGCGCGCUCUACAGCAAAUCCAGCGCCAGUGUCCCAUUCUUCGUCCUCCUCGGGAUCGUCUACAUCCAAUCGUGGCCGCCUCCAGAAGCAUCUAGAGAACGAAUCCCAUCCCGAAAUUGAAACCACCUACUCUCGACGUGGAGAUCACCCAGAGCCCGCGUUUGAAUCGCUUCCUGAAGCACCCACAGAAACGAACGGUAACGGUGAUGAGGAAGUCGAUGAGACUUCGCAAGAGGAUGAGAUCACCAGAUGCAUCUGUGGCCACCAGGAAUACCAGGGCAGUGACGAUGAACAAGCCGAUUCUGCGGAUGGUCUCUUCAUCCAGUGUGAUCAGUGCCAUGUUUGGCAACACGGGUUCUGUGUAGGCAUCACAGACCAGGCGUCCACCCCAGAAAAUUACUAUUGUGAAAGGUGUAAACCAGAAUUGCAUAAACUUGGACACAGUAAAUCUGGAAUGCGGACCUCCCUUUAUCUUCCCACACAAUCUGAGCCUACUUCGCCAAUCAAUAGCAAGGAGCAAUCUCACAAACGGCGGACUACUAUGAACUCUCGUGAUGCCGAAUAUGAUGAUGCCCUCCUGAAGAAGGUGCUCGAAGAGAGCAAACACGAUAAAGCGUCCGGAAGUUCUACGCGAGGAACGAGCUCGAGAGGCCGCAAACGAGGCACCAGCGAGGGAUCCGACGAACCAAAGCAAGAUUCGAAACGAAUGAGAACUUCCGAUUCACCGGAUUCGCCCACCAACGGACCCGUCUCUUCGGGAGAUGAAAAGCACGGAAAGACGGCUGCUGCACCAUGCUCGACUAAAAAAUCACGCGGUGCGGCCGCCCGUAAUUCCACCACUACUAGCUCUUCUGUGGCUGGAAAACGGACCUCCACUAGAAACAGAGGUGGAGAAAAGAAUAAGGAAGUGAGAAAAGAAGAUUCUGAGCACUCAGACGAAUACCCGCCACCCCGUUCUAAUAACCGUAAUCUUCAAAAGCCCUCAACAGAAGAAGCGAUCAAUCCGCCGCCGCCUAUCGAGGCCGUUCCAGACACCCCACAACAACCAGCUAAGCGUGGUGGACGUAACGGACAGACAAACGGUGGCACCUCUCGACGUCGUGGAGCCUAUCGCCAUCGCCAAUCUGAGGACCCCAAUGAUGCCAGUAUCACAUCUCCUCAUGUUAUGACGAGAGAUCAUUCAUCCACUGGGGGGGGACAGGCCCAGAAGGCGGACCCCAGCACUACCAUCCUCGAUAAGCCAACAAAGCCUAGAAUACCUCAGGCCAGGAUGAGCAUAAACGAGAUGAAGAGGCGAGUAAACGGAAUCUCGGACUUCAUCACACGUACACAAAUUGAGAUGGCCAACUCGAGGCAAAGCGAUAUCUAUGCGUAUCUAUCUUGGAUGGAGGAGAAAGGUACUCCUGUUAGCAAUUUCAGCACACCGCAAGACACAUCAAAGGCAGUCACACCAACCUCAGGCACCGCCCCUGAUAGCAAGGAUCUACCACAAAUUCAAAUAAAUGGUAAUAAUGGAACAGUUAAGGUGCUCGAGAAAGCAACCGAGAUGUUGGUUGGUGAUAUGCAGCCGGGUGCGUUAGAAAUGAUGGAAAUGUUAUCGAGUAAAAUAAAUCGAUGGCAACAACACUAUGGGGAAAAGAUAUGA